AGCCUCAGCCUCAGCCUCAGUCUAAAAAUUUCUUAAAUUUUACCGGCAGGGCGGGUUACGUUUCAACUUUUACAGAGCGACGGGCUGCGAUGGCACUCACACGGGAGCACCAGGCCGACAAGGGCAAGGGCAAAGGCAAAGCGAAGGCAGCAGCACCAGCAGCAAAGCGCGGGCCAAAGGGUCCCACGGGCGGGGCAGGCAAGCGGCCCAAGGUGUUUAGCGAGUCGCUCGGCGUGGCCCACCUCGUGGCGCUCUCGAGCGACAUUGCGGGCGAGACGGCGUCGCGCGACUCGGCGCGGCUGCAGCGCUCCAAGGCCAGCGACGAGCACCGGCGCGCCAAGCGACGCAGCGGGCAGCAGGAAAAGGAGGCCCGUGCCGACGCCUCCUCGGCCCUGUCCAAGAACCGCAUCCGACGGGCACUCCUGGACAAGCAGCGGGACAAGUCGCGAAGGCGCAAAGAGGCGCGCAAGCAGCAGCAGCAGCAGCAGCAGGAGAAAGGCGAUGGGGCAGGAGAGCAAGGAGGGGCACAGCCAACGACAGAGACAGAGAAAGAGACAGGGACACGGCGGCCGCGGAAGCGCGUCUCGUUUGCAUGAUGUGUACAAUUAACGGUGUAGAUGAAGGAAAUGAAAGCGAUAC